ACAAAACCUUAAAACCUCCCAUAUUUAUGAGGUCAGGAUUUAGAAUUAUGAGAUCAUCUCCAUUCUUCAUCUCUCGAAAACCCUAGCCACUCUCUCUGCCUUACAUCCCAACCUCCGGCCUGAUCAUCUCCGGCGACGACCCCGACGACACAACCUUCUGUAUUGGCGAGCGAUCCAGCCAUCCCAUUCCCAGUGUCUUCCGACUCGAACUGAACUACAAACGCCCACGACGAACGGCGGCGAUAGUUUCUUCCACAAGCGGUGCGGCAAGACUCGACCCAAACCUCCGGCGACGCAGAUUUCUGAACUGCGCGAUUUCGGAGGCUACGCCUACUGUGACGCCCAGCUGCUUCGUACGACGACAUCCUCCAGCGGAUUCUCCUUCUGCCAUAGCCGACCCGGCGGCGCAGAUUUGAAAACUAAGACAAGGAGGAUAUUAUUUGCUUGUAAUCGGAUAAUUUUUCCGCUCUCUUGUUGAUUGCAAUGAUGCCCUUAAAUAAUGCUGUCCCUACACGGCCAUACAAGGAGCGAGCUCAGCCGCAUUCUCGGAAAAACUUUGGGCUUCUUGAGAAACGCAAAGACUAUAUUGAGCGUGCUAAGGCUUAUCAUAAAAAGGAAGAGACUUUAGAGAAACUUAAACAGAACGCAGCCUUCAGGAAUCCAGAUGAGUUUUACUUUAAUAUGAUUAGGACGAGAAUAGUUGGUGGAGUCCAUAAACCAGGGAGACUAAUAAAUAAGUAUACUGCAGAACAACUCAUGAUGCUGAAAACUCAAGAUGCAGGGUACAUACUUCACAAAAUGCAGAGUGAGGAAAGGAAAAUUGAAAGACUGGCAGCCACGUUACAUUCUCUUGAUAAUCAGUCAUCAAACGAGCAUAUUUACUUUGCUGAAGACAGAGAGGAGGCUGAUGAAAUUCAAUUUCAUUCCUCUAGAGGUAGAUUGGUAGCAUCGUCUGAAGCAGUGCCUGAUAGCAUUAAAAGCUCUGUUUCUGCACACAGGAAAACUGCUGCUUCUUACAAGGAAUUGGAGGCAAGGAGGAGUAGAGUCUGGGAACUAGAGAAACUUUAUAGGGAUAUGACAUUGCAACAAGAAUUAUGGAAAAUUGGUCGCAAACGUAAACUGCGGGAAGAUGAACUCUCCAAUCCAACUUCUAAUCCAGUAUACAAAUGGCGGGCAGAACGAAAACGCUAAAAAAGGGAAAUUGGACAAAGUUCUGACGACCUAAAUUUUGCAGAAAUAGGCUGACAACACUGACAACAUAAAUUUUGGUUCCUUUUAUUAAUUUGCAUUUUUUUAUCGGUUUUUUUUUUUGGGCAGAAGUAGGAUUUGCACAUUUGUUUCUUCUGGGUUGAAAAAUGUAAUGAACUCAAUGCUACAGUUUUCAGUUUGGAAUAUAUAGUUUGAUUGAUCAUAGCUUAGCUAACUAAUGCCAUAUUCCAUCAUUUAAUUUCCUAGGUCAUUUUGAUGAA